GGUGGUGUUCGAGUCCGCGCUUUCCAGUCGGGCAGCUGGACUAUCGAGGUAGCGUGUGCACGAGCAUGGGAAGCCAAUCCUUGGGCAACGGCAGUGGGUCAAAGCAGUAUUGGAGCAGUAGCACUUGUGCUUCAGGUUGCAGAUUCCCUUGCACUGCACGGGAGGCUAAAGAGGAUUAUAGUCAGCGAGGGCAAGUGACACGGUAUCAGAGGCACCCGAUCAAUGACUUACAAAGGGAGGUAUGAUGAUCAGGGUCUGGUUGUUUGGACCUUCGGUGAGGUUCAGACCGGAAGUGGUGAUCGAAUCAUCAGUGGCGUUCAGAUCAACAGGGGUUUCCAGGUCAUCGGUGGUGUUCGUAUCAUCGGUGGUGUUCAGAUCAUCAGUGGGAUCCAGAUCACCAAUGGAACCCGAAUCAUCAGUGGUGUUCAGAUCACCAAUGGAACCCGAAUCAUCAGUGGUGUUCAGAUCAACCGGGGUAUUCAAACCAUCAGUGGGAUCCGAAUUAUCAGUGGUGUUCAAAUUGUCAGUGGCGUUCAAACCGUCAACAGCAUCAAGACCGGCAACGUCGCUCUGACCAUCAUCUUCCGCGGACUCAUCGCGAGAUUUGAAGUGGUUGAUGCAUUUGCACGGGGCAUGACGAUGCCAGCAACGGCAACGAGUCUUUGCGCAGUGGCACCAGUGGUUCCAGUCACAAACGCCCAGACAAGUUCUCCACUAGAACAGCACGAACAAAAGUCAGCAACGGUUAAGGACAAUCGAUCAAGCCAAACUAUUCGCAGCCACCCUCUCCACUUACAGUGUCAGGACGUGAGACCGGAAAGAGCCCUCCGCCCAGGCCUAGGACUCCGCUCUGGUCGUUGCCCUCAGGGACGUCGUCACCGGGGACAGCUCCAUCGGACACAGAGGGGACAUCGUGCUCGGCAGUAGGCUGGGCGUGGGUUCCUUCAACAGGGCUAUCCUUGAGCGAGUUCAAGUUGUCAUCGAUGUUCGCAACAUCAGUGGAAGUGGGACCCUGGGGCUUUGUCAGGGCAGUCUGCAUGAACAACCCCAACACCAGGAGGAAAACAAGGA